UGGCAAGUUUAAUUAGAGUAAAAAAUCACUUUAUAGAUCAAAUUAAUGCCAUUAAUGAGGUAUUGUAAAAUGACUUUAUGAGCUGGAACCUUUAUCUCAAGAGAUCGAUGUGGAAACUAUAUCUUCUGGUGCACACAAGCCAAACAGUCAGUCACCUGUUAGCUGCUUUUGGAUGCAGCAUCAAACAGAUGCUGAACAAUCCUUAAGAGAACAUCAGGUAAGGCACAUUCACUGAUUUUAGGACAUGUUUGAACUUGCUGAAAUUAUGUUAUUAUAUACUGCUGAAUUUGAAUGUGCUGAUCAAACUGGUUUGAAAUUAUACAUGUGGUUUGUAGCCUCUAUGGAGGUCUAAUGUAGAAUAUGGUGUGAUUUCCCUCUUCAGACAGGAGAGUUUUUAAGCAGAGGCUCCAAACAGCACAGGCUGUGGACUACAGCUAUGUCUUUUCUCAGGACUGCUUUAAACAACACUCUCAUCAUUCAUCCUCCAGGCUUCUAUAUCAUCGGAUUUGAGACAUUUCCCUACAUCAGCAUCUAUUUUGUCUUUCUAACAUUUGUCUAUGUGGUUACAGUGCUGUUCAAUAGUUUGGUGAUCUAUGUAAUUGCCUUUAAUCAUUGUUUACACACUCCAAAAUUUCUGGCUGUGGUCAAUCUUGCAGUAAUCGAUAUCAUCCUGAACACAUGCACUAUUCCCAGCAUGAUAAAGGUAUUUCUCUUUAAGGAUAACUUUGUUCCAUUCAAUUUGUGUUUGGUACAAAUGUUUAUCUACUAUUGUUUUGCAUCACUGGAGUCAUAUGCACUGGCCAUCCUUGCUUAUGACAGGUUGAUUGCAAUAUGUUUUCCUCUGCGUCAGAACUCAAUCAACACACUGCGGAGCAUGUCUUGUAUUGUAGGCCUGACUUGGUCUUUUUCUUUGGGAGUAACAACAUUUACUACAAGUCUAAUGACUCGACUGUCUUUUUGCAAAUCUGUCAGAGUGUUCAGUUAUUUCUGUGACUACGCACCCGUGUUUAGACUCGCCUGUAACGAUUACACACUGCAGUGGUCUGCAGCUUCUUUUCUCUCUGUUUUACUCCUUGUCAGCCCGUUUACUUUUAUUCUUCUGUCUUAUGUCAGCAUCCUGGUGACUGUGUUCAGGAUGAAAUCUUUAGACAGUCGGAUGAAAGCUUUGGCCACUUGUGUCGAGCAUCUCAUUCUUGUUGCUGUGUUCUACAUUCCUCUCUUGACCAUUUUCAUUAUUGGAUUUUACCUGGGAGUCAUUGAUCCGGACCAGCGUGUGCUGAGUCUGUCACUGGCCUCUUGCCUGCCGCCCUGCAUCAAUCCUAUUGUAUAUUCUUUGAAAACCAAAGAGAUCAAAAUCAGUGCCGUGGCACUGGUAAGAAAAACUGGCGCACAACGAACAUGCCAACAAAAAAGGGUUAAUAAAACACAAAAAUGA